UCGGCAGACACCAUGACGGCUCUGUGGUUCCUGGGGUCGCUGCUGAUGAGUCUGGAUUUGACACUUUCGGCUCCACCAUGGAAAGGCUCCAAGGAGUUCAAGGACGGAGCUGAUGGGCCCACGGUGGUUCUCACUGUGGACGGGAAGCUCUGCCACUUUCCCUUUCAGUACCACCGUCGCCUGUACCACAAAUGCAUCCACAAAGGAAGGCUGGGCUCCAGGCUCUGGUGUGCUACCACCCCCAACUUUGAUGAGGAUCAGCAAUGGGGAUACUGCUUGGAGCCCAAGAAAGUGAAAGACCAUUGCAGCAAGCACAACCCCUGCCACAAAGGAGGGACAUGUGUCAACACCCCCAAUGGCCCACACUGUCUCUGCCCUGAACACCUCACUGGGAAACAUUGCCAGAAAAAUAAAUGCUUUGAGCCUCAGCUUCUCAAGUUCUUCCAUGAGAAUGAGAUAUGGUUUAGAACAGGGCCAGGAGGUGUGGCCAGGUGCGAGUGCAAAGGUUCUGAGGGUCAUUGCAAGCCGCUGGCCAGUCAGGCCUGCAGCGGCAAUCCAUGCCUUAAUGGGGGCAGCUGCCUCCUGGUGGAGGACCACCGACUGUGCCACUGCCCUACAGGCUAUACGGGACCUUUUUGCGACUUGGACCUUAGGGCGACCUGCUAUGAAGGCAGGGGGCUCAGCUACCGGGGCCAGGCUGGAACUACACUGUCGGGCGCUCCAUGUCAGCGGUGGGCCUCGGAGGCCACCUACAGGAACAUGACUGAGAUGCAAGCGCUAAGAUGGGGCCUGGGGCACCACGCAUUCUGCCGGAACCCAGAUAAUGACACACGUCCAUGGUGCUACGUCUGGAAUGGCGACAGGCUGGGCUGGGACUAUUGCGACCUGGAGCAGUGCCCGACGCCAACGCUCACACCUCUACUUCGCCCCGAGAGUCAGGACGUGACAGAGCCCUGGCCUCCCAUAUUGCAGAUGCCUCAGUCCCCGUCCCUGUCCGAUGCACUAAAUGCCUCGGCCGAGCAUCAGACUUUGUCCAGGACCAGCACGGUGGCCUGCGGACAGAGGUUCCGCAAGCGACUGUCCUCGCUCAGGCGCGUGGUGGGCGGACUAGUGGCUCUGCCUGGGUCGCACCCCUACAUCGCUGCACUGUACUGGGGCGACAACUUCUGCGCGGGCAGUCUCAUCGCCCCCUGCUGGGUGCUGACGGCGGCUCACUGCCUGCAGAACCGGCCAGCGCCGGAGGAACUGACAGUGGUACUUGGUCAAGAUCGCCAUAACCAGAGCUGCGAGCGGUGCCAGACUCUGGCUGUGCGCUCCUACCGCCUUCACGAGGGCUUCUCCUCCGUCACUUACCAGCACGACUUGGCUCUGCUGCGCCUGCAGGAGAGCGAAAGCAACAGCUGCGCGAUCAUGUCACCUCACGUCCAGCCAGUGUGUCUGCCCAGCGGCGCUGCCCCACCCUCUGAGACAGUGGUCUGCGAGGUGGCCGGCUGGGGUCACCAGUUCGAGGGGGCUGAAGAAUACGCCACCUUCCUGCAGGAGGCACAGGUUCCUUUCAUCUCCCUGGAUCGCUGCUCCAACUCUAACGUGCAUGGAGACGCCAUCUUGCCUGGGAUGCUUUGCGCUGGCUUCUUGGAGGGAGGCACCGAUGCCUGCCAGGGUGACUCCGGGGGUCCUCUGGUGUGUGAGGAAGGAACUGCAGGCCGUCAGCUCACCUUGCGAGGGGUCAUCAGCUGGGGCUCAGGCUGUGGUGACCGUAACAAGCCCGGGGUCUACACUGACGUGGCCAACUACCUGACUUGGAUCCAGGAGCAGAUAGCUUUAUAACUAACCAGGGUUGGUCUUUCCUUCUUGUGUGCUCCUGGGACGGGGUGGUGGAUACGGCAUGCUGGGCCAGAGUGAACCUAGUGCCUGGGCAUCAGGGGCACAGAAACUCAAUA